ACCCACACAGAACUUAGAUCAGCGAAAGCUCGGUGGGGGAGGACCAGAACCGGAGCCAGUUUCAAGGAAAGGGAAAGUGAAGAUUUGAUUCUGUGCAGAAGCUGCAGGAUGGAGAUUCGGACGUUUCUGCUGGUUUUGGUUCCUCUGCUGGUUUUUGUGGAGCGCUCAGAGUGUAACCGAUGCUUCGGUUCUUUCGACCUGACCACGGGUGAGUGUAGUGAUGAGCUCGGUGAAGUUUCCCAAGAUGACUGCUGUCAGAACCCUGGAUACGGUUACGAAGCUGAGGACGGAUCGUGUCAGUCCUGUGGUCCUCCUACAUGGUCUCCCUGGUCGUCUUGGUCGUACUGCAAUGUCCUGUGCGGCGAGGGCGUGAAGCAGAGGAGAAGGAAGUGUCAUGGCAUCGGGGAAUGUGAGGGCCCUGACGAAAAACUGGAGACAGACGUGUGCAGCGGCACCUGCUGCGAUGAUAAGGGAUGGGGCUCAUGGAACCCCUGGAGUCCAUGCUCGGUUACCUGCGAAGGACAAGGAACCCGAUUCAGACGGAGAACCUGCUCCAGUCCUCCCGAAUGUCGGGCGGCAUGCAGUGGCCCCGAAGAAGAGCAAGAGCCCUGUGAGGCAAGCAACAAGUGUCCAGUCCAUGGAAGUUGGUCAAGUUGGGGAGCUUGGACUCAGUGCUCUAGUUCAUGUAUCAGCGACACCAAUGUGCCCUCAAGAGAACGACAGCGCACCUGCUCCAGCCCAGCGCCCUCUACUGACACGGUACCUCCUGGUAAUCAAUGCCCUGGUGACGCAUUUGAGAGGCAGGACUGCAGCGAGCUCCCCAACUGUCCAGUGGACGGCAACUGGGGGUACUGGUUUCCACCUGGACCGUGCUCUGUCACCUGUGGAGAGGGUCUGCAGUUGUCAAUUAGGCGGUGUGACAGCCCCAGCCCUCGGUACGGUGGCAAACUGUGCGAGGGGCCAAGCACUCAGAGCAGCGUCUGUAAAAGUCCCUGCCCUGUCCAUGGAUUCUGGUCCGGUUGGUCAAACUGGGGCGACUGUUCAUCUUCCUGUAUCCCGCCCAGGGGAGAGUCAUUCAGGACUCGCCACCGAUCUUGUUCUAACCCUGCCCCGUCACUGAACCCACCUGGUAACGGGUGCCAAGGUGACGACUCCGAUAGGGAAAACUGCAACCACUUGCCUCAUUGCCCAGUGGACGGCAACUGGGGUCCCUGGUCAGCCUUCACUCCGUGUCCUGCUACGUGUGGAGUGGCUCUUCAGGUCUCAGAGAGGCGAUGCAACAACCCUCCUCCCAGCCAUGGCGGCCGUCCAUGUCUUGGAGCUGGGAAACAAACCAAACUCUGCUCGACUCAAGUCCACUGCCCAGUGAACGGUAUUUGGGGCGAGUGGUCCACCUGGACCGAGUGUACGUACGCGUGGGGAGGGAAGGAUAUCCGCUGCAAGAAAACAGGCGGAAAACAAACUCGAAUGCGCUCGUGUCUACAUCGAGCUCAUAAUGGGUCCAUCUGCAUGGAAGGAAAGUUGACGGAUACUCAGGUGUGCUACAACGUGGACAGGUGCUAUGUGAAAGGAUCCUGGGAAGGCUGGGAGCCUUGGAGUUUGUGUAGACCGGCCUGUGGAGACGGAUCUAAACGUAGGAGGUCCAGAAUCUGUACGCCUGAUUAUAGCGAGUACAGUCCAACUAUCGGUCGUCAGCGGGAACCCGCAAAUUACUACGGGAGGCCAUUGGCCGAUUGUGGCGCGGCCCCUGAAGGAGGGAAGAGGCAAGUGCAGGACUGCCUUAAUGUCCCUCCCUGCACCUAAUAAUGUGUUAACCGACUUUAACAAUGUCGAAACUUGCUUCAGUAGGGAAAUCUGGGCAGAAAGUGUACCAUGUACUAAAUGUGGCAUUUUAGAGUUUGUGUUGUUUUCUGUUAAAAAACUUUCUACUGUAUAAGAUGGAUUCAUUUAGUGCCUGAACUUUGUUGUUGCAAAAAGCUUUACAAUACUUAUUAAAAAAAAAAGAAAAAAAAAAACAUAAAUGCAGUCUCAGCUUUGUAUUUACUGCCACCUAGUGGACGUUUUACCCAGGCUGCUCUUUUGACACGCCUUGUCUGUUUCCCUAACAAUGGCAACAUCAAAAGUACCAUUUUAUUGAGGGAAAACAAAUAUUUUCACCAUAGAUGU